AUGGAUGACAAAUUCAGGCACAACUCCAUUGUCAUCACUGGAGUUUUACCUUCUAGCACCAAGGAUGAACUUAUCCCUAGGAACUCUCAGCCAUCACUGAGCCUGUGCAAAGAGGAAAUUUUACCAGAAUUGCUGAAAUCAUCCCAGAAAGACACUUUGCAGAUUGAUUCAGCAUCACAAGCUGAUCCAAUCAGGGUAUUGACAAAUACGCUAACGACGUCGAAAGUAGCCUACUUUAAGAGAAAAUAUGCAGAAGAAGAAGAUUUACAUCAAGAUUACCAGGGGUAUUUUCCAAAACACCUGAUAUUACCCGAGGACCGGACUUGUAUUCUAAAACUGUCUCUGCAGAAACUUCGAUUCCUUGAAGACCCUGAAACCUAUCUCCGUAGGUCUGUGCUUAUUAACAAUUUGCUGAGGAAGAUCCACCUAGAGACAGACAGAGAGAGCUAUGAAUACUUUAAAGAGACACCCUGUUAUAGGACCGCUUACUCGGAUACAAGAAAACGGCUGAAGUUUAUGGUACAAGAAUGCUGUUCUGAGUCACUCUAUUAUGAAGAGCUGCAUUCGUAUCAUAUUGUGCCUUAUUCUACAGAGAAUUCCAUUUAUGGAAUGGGCUAUACAAGCGGCCACUUGGAGAAAAAUUCUCAGUUGCUUAUUUAUAAAAUGAAUUGAAGUAGCUGUUAGAUCCACUGAUGUUUUGUUUCUGAAUGCUUGAACUGCUUAUUAACAUGUGAAGAUGAGGCACUCAUUGUAAACACACUUGUGAUGAAAGACGGGAUACAUACAGAGAUGAAUGGAGGGUACUUUGAAUAAUACUCUGCAGUCAUUGGUAUGCGAAGGGUUUUAUAAGCAGAGAUCUUGUGUGCAAUGUAUUUUGUAGAAACUAAGUGACAUUAAGUUGCCAAUGUAGAUAUAAACAUUUUAUCUACUUUGUAUUUAAAUUAUGCCAUCCAAGGCGAGAGGUAAAACCAAAAGUGACAGAUUAUUCUGACAAUGAAGAUUCAGGGGUGGGAGUUAUUUUUUGUAAGGUUUAGAAAGCAAGUUUUCUUUGAGAAAUGCUUUGAAUCUGAAGGAAUCAGUGCCAAAAGAAAUGCCUCUUUGGUUAGGAUUUUCAAAAAGGCAAAAUAACUGAUCUACUUACAAGAAGUUCUAUGCUGAGAUCACUCAGCACUCUAGUGAGGGUGUUUUUAAUUGAUCCACUCAAUUGCUCUCACUUUGUACUUAUCUUUCUGUUGACACACAUUUUGCGACAAAACGGAAUGACUCAGAUGAAAAUCUAUUUUCUCAGCCAGUUGUCAGUGUUUUCUAAACAUGAUUUGAAUCCCCUCCAGGGUGCCUGGCUGGAACUCUGAGGUUUUUGUGUGUGUGCUAUUUACUAGUCGACCAUGUGGUACAACGUCUGAUCAGUGUUAGAGCUUAGGUGGGCACUUUUUGUGAUUUGAAAACAACAAAACAAAAACCCACGUUCCAGAAAAGGAAUAUAUUUGACACACUGUAGUAAAACCUGAGAGGACUUUCUUUUGAGAUGAGUUUAAUCUGCAUUAGUAACAAUGUUUGAGGUGGAGUUAGAUGUGUAAUGUCAAGUUCUGGAAUUUCCUUUACAAUAUAUAUCAAGCAUGUCCUAUGAGACACAUUGCGCAAUCUGAUGACUAGAAUGGGAAUACAAAACUGCCAGAGCUGUGUUCUGAAAAUACCAAAGAGUAGCAUUAGGGAGAGAAUGACAUUAAAAUAAAUGGGGUCAAAAGCAGAGAUUGCACUAUAACUUGGGAGAACAUUAUUAACAAGCCAGUAAACUACACAGUUACCAAUAUAUUUGUUCACUUAAGGAUGACUUGAAACACAGAAUUGCUGAACAAAUAUUCCUGAUCCAAAGCUUAUGGAAGUCAAUGGGAGUCCUAUAGAGUCCAGUGGUUCUCAAACGUUUGUACUGGU